GCGGAGCCGGCCCAGCCGGGUGCCCUGUGCGCCCCGCGCAGCCAUGCGCCAGCCCCGCUGAUGGGGCGCCCCGCGCCCCGCGCCCUGCUGCUGCUGCUGGCCGCCGUCCUGCUGCUGGCCGGGCCCCGGGCCGGAGCGCCGCGCCCCCGCGUCACCGCCAACUUCGCCUGCAGAGUCAGGGCGGACAGUGCCCUCCCCAGGCCCCGGUGCCACCAGAAGGAGCAGGAUGGAGCAGCCCUGUCCCCGCCAGCCCUAGCUCUGAGCACAGCCCGGCUGUGCCAGGCCUCCCGCGACUGCCAGCCGUGCGUGCGCGUGCGCCUGGCCCUGCACACUGCAGGGCUGGGGAGUGUCUGUGGGCUGCAGCUGGAUUUCCUGGUGCUGGGCUCCAAUAGGGCCAGCUGGCUGCAGGUCUGGAGGCGGCACCCAGAGGCUGCAGGCUCUCUGUGGCAGGUGCAGUUUGACUGUUUCCCAGUGGAGAGCGGGCACCAUGUUCUGGUCUCGCUUGGCACCGUCCCUGACCGGGGGCUGAGUCUCAACCAGAGCCACCUGGUCCCUGCAGAGCCAGCAGGCCCCGAGUUCAGCUACGCCUGGCACCCGGAGGCCCGGGCCAUUGAGGUGUCGGUGCCCGAGGGCCCUGCCCUGACCGUGCGGCUGUGCCACCAGCUGGCCCUGGAGUGUGAGGAGCUGCCCACUCCCUUCCCCCGACAGGCGCUGGUGUCUGGGGGUCACAGCAUUGUGCUGCCCUACGAGUUUCUGCUGCCCUGUCUCUGCAUUGAGGCCUCCUACCUGCAUCGCGACAGCCUCCGCACCAAGCUGUGCCCCUUCCAGCCCCUGCCAGCAGCUUAUGGCUCCGAGCUGUGGGCAUCCAUGCAGUUCCGUGACUACAGCGCCAGCAGUGAGGCCAACAUGGUCAUGGUGCUGAGUGCCCGCUGCCCGCUCCACCCGACCGCCACCCUGUGCUGGAAGGAGAGUGAGGCGGGGGCCUGCCACACUGUCCCCAACUCCACAGCCAUGGAGUCCAACCAGGCCUACACCGUGGAGAAGGUGGACGUGCACCCUCUGCUCUGCUUCAAGUUCUCCUACGGCAACAGCAGCCACGUGGAGUGCCCACACCGGCCAGACACCACCUGGAACGUGUCUGUGAGCGUCCGGUUCCUGCAGCUUCUCCUUCGUGUGACCUCCACUGUCCCGGCAUCCUUCAGCGCAGCUCUGUGCCAGCGGCAGGGGAGCUGGUGUGAGCCAGAGGCGCCUGUCUACACCAUCACAAGCCCAGAGAGCUUCGGCCCCAGGGAGCUGACCCUGCUGCUGCCUCUGCAGAUCCUGGGCGGCUGUGUGCUGGUGUGGCGCGCCGAUGUGCAGUUUGCCCGGAAGCAGCUCCUGUGCCCAGAUGUUGCUCGCAAGCGCUUUGGGCUGCUCGCCCUGGGGCUGGCCCUGGCUCUGGGGCUGCUGGGGACCGUCCUGCUGAUGAACUACAGGAGCCUCCGGAAACUCACCACAGCGCCGCGGGGCCGUCGGCCCGUCCUGGUGGUCUAUUCCCCCGACUCUGAGGAGCACAAGAUUCUGGUCUGCGCCUUGGCGGACGUGCUGCGCUCGGCGCUGGGCUGCGACGUGCGGCUGGACCUGUGGGAGGCGGGCAGCGUGGGGCGGCUGGGGGCACUGCCCUGGCUCUAUGUGCAGCGGGAGCUGGUGGCCCGGGAGCAGGGCACCGUGCUGCUCCUGUGGAGUCAGGGCAGCGCCCGGCUCUACCAGCUGUGGCGGGGGGCGGCCGCAGGCAGCAGCGGCUCUCCGGACCCCCAUGACCUGUUCGGCGCAGCCAUGUCCUGUCUGCAGAGCGAGCUGCAGUUGGGCAGGGGGGCAGGGCAGCUGGGCGACUGGGCGCUGGCCUACUUUGGCGAGCUGUGCAGCCAGCGAGACGUGCCGCCUGCCCUGUGCCUACUGCCCUGCUACCGCCUGCCGCGGGAGCUGCCUGGCCUGGCACGCUUGCUGCAGGGCAGUGCCCAGCCCCCCGCCUGGCUCCGCCCCAGCACGCUGCUGCACAGGAUGCUCAUGUCAGAGACGAGAAAGUGCCUGCAAGGCAGGGUGGAGCUGUGCCGGCUGCAGCAGCCCAAGGGGGCGCCCCUGGCCAGGCUGCCAGCCCACCAGGUGGGGUCUGUGGGGCUCAGCCCCCGCGCCCCUCUACCCAGGCUGACCUCACAGAGACCCAGCUGCCCCUGAGCAUGCUGCAGCGGGACACGUGCCAAGGACCUGGGCCGGGGAAGGGACUCGGUGCUGUCGUUGGGAUGAUUGGGAGGGGGAGCAGAGCCCCCACCAGGGUCCCUGGAGAUGCCAGAGAGGGGCUGGUGUGGACAUGGCUGGGCUCCAGGGUGCCACAUCCAUUCCUGAGACCAAAUGUGUCUGCAAGGGGCUGGCAGCCCCCGGACCCAGGAGAACGGAGGUGUCCUGACAAGGGGCGGCCUGUGGGCCUGGGUUUGCUUGGGGCUGGAAACUGCCUGGUGCAGGGUCUGUCAGGGGCAAUGGGGCUUGGACAUUUGCCCUCUUGCAGCCAGCUCUUGGGCAGGACCUGCCUCAUCCUCUGGUGACCAUUGUGGGUCUGUUGCCAUGGCCAUGAGUGUGGAGAGACUCUAUGGCCCUGAGGGGGAGGGACAGGGCCUGGGUGCAGAGGGUAGGGCUGUGUGGCCCUGAGGGGCGGGCCCCUGGGGAGGGGGUGGGGCUGGCCCUGUAAUGGCCCUAGGGGGCAGAGUCCUGGGCGAGCCCCCUGCCAUGCUGUCACUGACCCUGCCCAGGGGUGGGAGUGGGCGUGGGCGUGGGGGGAGGUGACCUGUUCAGGGGGCUCUACCCACAGCAGGGCCAGUGCCCGUCAGUCCCAGCCUGGGCAAGCACUUGCUCCCCACGCAGCUGGCGUGUCAGGCAGAGCCCCCGGCCGGCUGGGGUGCAGGAGCUGGCUGCGGAGGUGUCUGGACAUUGAAUCAAUGAGUUUAUGGCCUGUGAGGGCUCGGCUGAUCAAUCCGGCUGUGGAGGGCCUGUUGUGCAGCUCCUGGCCUCGCCCCCGCUGUGCCAAGCCCAGCAGCCCACAGGAGGGGUCCUGCCAGGCUGGGUGCCCAGGUAGCUGGUGCUGCCACCCCAAGGGGGGUGGGUGCCACCUCACACAGCUCCGGGAGCGUGGGGGAUGGGAUUUGGGGACUUGUUCACCUCCAGUCCCUGGCUGACUUGGGCUGAGCGAGCCCCUGACCAUCCCUGAAUGUGGGGCUGGGCGCAGCCCGUCCUGGGAGGGACAUUGGGCCAGUUGUGCCACCCGCCCCAUGCCCUGGGCUCUUGUGUAGGUGUCCUCAGGGGAGCAUGCCGUCCCGCAAGGAGUGUGUGGGCCCUGAGCCCCCCCCCCGCCCCCCGGUGAGCUCUGGCAUCAGGCCGGGCAUGGCAUGAAUCCCAGGGCAGCUGGGCACUGAUGGACACCUCCCCCCCUUCUCCCUGUCAUGGUGCAGCCUGGGCACGUUGCUGCCCCAGUCCCCCACUGCUGACCCGGGUCAGGCUCUGCCGCAGGGCCCAGCAACACCCGGCAGUGUGGGGACUCUGGCCUGAGUCACCUUCCCCCCGUCCCACCAGCUUACCUGCCUGCCAGGGCCCAGCCCUCCACCCAGCCCCCUUGGCCUGCAGGAGCUGGCAAGGGAAGCAGCGACAUCCCCCUGUGGAUGUCGCCUCCUCUCCCCACCUCCCUGGCCUGGCCAGAAAGCAGCACUGCCCCCCAACAUGGGCCUGCCCCUCAUGCCUCCCCCCGGGCAGGUGCUGUCCCCGUAGGGAGACUGCCUGGAGCUCGUGUCUCUCCCUCAGCUCCCAAGAGGCACAGAGCACUCCUCCGGGGGUGAGGGGCUUGGACCCCCUGGUGCUGUGCAGGGUCCCAGCACCCAGCCAACCACUGCCUCGCUGCCUCUCCCCAGGCAUUGAGCACAGCUGCCCACUGCUCCUGUGCCCUCGGCCAGGCUGGGGCACCGCAACCCCAGUGAGGAUGUGGGCACUGAGGCUGGGACGGGUGUGGGGGGAUGCAGCCCCCGCUGUCCAGGCGCUUGCAGAUGUCAGUGUUGGCUGCGUGUGCGCUCUGGGCGUGCUGCACCCACUCUCGCCAGCUCGCCCAUACAGCCCAAGACAACCACGGACUCCGGUCUGCAGUGAAGGUGCCCAACCAGGCUUAUUGCCAACGAAGUUCGGUCCUAGCGCCUGGCUCAAUGGUGACGGGUACGCACGUGUCUGCCCGCUGCAAUGGAUACAGCCAGUGAAUGAUGGGCCUUUCUGUUCCCCCUCGGCUGGACAGACACCCCUGUGACCCUCUUUCUACACUGAUACGAGUUACGGAUCACCCCUCUAUGUUACCACCCUGCACCAAAACCUCUAUCCAUUACCCUGUCAGCCUGACCUUCUCCUGAGCAGGGGUCAGCGUGUCCCUGGGCUCCCCUUUCACCGUACCCCUCACCACACUGCUACUGAACAAUUGCUGACUUGCUCAUUUUUACCAUCUGAUAAAAUGAUUGGCAUAUAAAUAUUGUAUUUACAGUCCAGUGCAUAGCAUGAAAUGUUAGUUUAUCCUGACUUCACUAGUGCUUUUUACGUAGCCUGUUGUAAAACUAGGCAAAUCUUUGGGAGUUGAUGUACCCCCUGGAAGACCUCUGCGUACCCCAAGGGGACACAUACCCCUGGCUAAGACCCACUGGCUACCCAUGACCCUGUAUUGGGGUGUUCUGCAGUAUGACUAGGCGUGUUUUUGGAAGGCCAGCUCUGUUCUUGCCAAGUUGAUGUACCGGACAGUGAC